AUGAAUAAUCCAAAGUCGCAGGAAAAACGUGGCCUGGAAAGAACAUUUCAAGUUAAUCCUGGCUAUCAAAAUAAUACGGAUAUUAAAACAAAAAAAGAAACCUUCGAAUUAGAUGAAGAACCCAGCUACGAAAAGAUAGCUCCGGCCCUGAAUGGUGGUUAUAUUGAUGAAUCUGAAAUUGCCAACGAAGCUGACAACAAUGAAAAUGACAAGACUUGGUAUCUUUGUAAUGAUAUAAUUCCCAAAGAAUGGCUAGGUUCGAACAACUAUAAAGAACUCAUAAAAGUCAAAUUGGAAGCAAUGGAGUGCUUAAAAAAAGAAAUUGAAUCUAAUAAUAAUCAAAAAGCUGGUGCGCGAAGCCUACCUGAAAAAGUCGAUAUAAUCGGUAUACUCAAAGUUGAGCAGAAAGAUAGAUCAAGAAAUUCUAAUCUAAGGCCUAGUAGAAUUUCAAGCGAAUGGGCAGAAGCAAUAUUUUUCAUUUUUAUAUUAAUAACUUUUGGUGUAAUAAAGCUAAUUGGUAUAUACAUUGGAGAACUAGGAAUAGGUCAUUGGAAUAUAGCACAUAAUUUUAGACACUAUUAUACAAUGCAAAUUAAAGAUGAAAAUGCGGCAUUGAUUCUCUUGGGGCUGGAAUUUGGAGAACUACCAUUUGUUACCUUUACGGAAUUGGCAUAG